AUUAAUUAGUAUACUACACACAGUGCUAAUUUGAAAUCAGUGGUCAGUUUUUGUUUCAUGUGCUCUAAUAAAGGAGCUUGGACAAAAAGGUGUUGUCCUUGCAUGUCGAGAAUUCCUUGUACUUUUGUUGUAAUUAAUUAUCGAGUUGCAUAUUAUAAUGGCAACAAGAGCAAUUAUCACGAUGUCGGAGCGGGCGAUGGAGUGCCCAGUAUGCCUGGAGACGAUGACAGCACCUAUCCUGCAGUGCCAACGUGGGCACAGCCUCUGUAGCCGCUGCACAAGUCGCGGUCUCACGCAAUGCCCUAUUUGCCGCUCGCCCAUGACUGAUAUGAGGAACUGGGCUUUCGAAGAUAUCAUUUCAAAGGUGAAUACGCCAGCCCCAGCGCCAACGCCAGCAGCACCGUCGUCCAAACUGCUUUGUCCUCACAAAGACGCGGGCUGCGGGUUCACAUUUAGCCAAGCUAAAGCACGCGAGCUAGAUGAGCACUCCAAUGAAUGUAUCUUCAGGGACAUGCUCUGUCCGCUCGGCGCCGCCUUCAGCAACUGUUUCUGGAUAGGUAAACUCAAAAACAUGAUGGACCACUUCAAACAGAGCCACCCGUCUAGCUGUGAGAUAGUCUCCGGCGUCGACACAGAACUCGAGCUCCCACUCAACCAAGACCUGGUCAAGGUCUACCUCGCUGCCACCGGCAAUAUGCACUUCAUCAUCACCAUGAAGGUAGACAAGACCACUGGCACUGCAUCCUGGGCCGUGCAGCAUAUUGGCAGUAAGAAAAAUGCACGUCUAUACACGUAUGAGAUUUACCUAACUAGUAAGCAGGAUGUUAGACGGCGCUCAGUGUUGGUGGAACACUGCGUUAAUGAUGUGGUGGAGCCUCUUGAUGUUAUUAGGGAGGGGAGAUGUGCGGUUAUGCCGUUGAAAAUGCUGACGCACUAUGUGACGGACAAUAAGGUUACUUUUAAGUUAGUUAUUAAGAAGGUACCGCCGACUUUGUAAAGGGACCACUUUAAAUUUAGUCAUCAUAUGACUUUAUAUUAGAGAACAUUCUCUAAACAAAAAUGAAAUAGAAAGCUUUGGAAUCUUCAGUUGGUGUUAAUAGAAAAAAUCUGUCAAGAGCAUUUCGGGCCAUGCUCAGUGUAUGGGUUUCGUAGUUACUAUUCUGUCAGAACAGGCCAAGCGAGGGUUAUUAAUUAGUAAGUAUCCUGUAAAUUACAAGCAUAAAGGAGUACCUUCGCAGCGCUUCGUAUGUCUUUGUACGAAGAAGAGAAGAUUUUUGCAAUAACUCAAAAACGGAUAAACCGAUCAUGUUCGCUAUAGUUUUCAUUUAAAGUAUUUACUAAGCUUUUGUUUCACGAUUUUUUUCAUAUUUUUUGGACCUAUGGUUCAAAAGUUACAGGGGGGGGACACGAUUUUUUUUCUUUCGGAGCGAUUAUUUCCUAGAAUGUUAACUAUCAGCUGUUGGGUUUACGCAAAAAAAAAAAACAAAAAAUAUCAUUUUGUAUGGGAGGUACACCGAAUGGACACCGCAGAUUAGCUGAGGCAGAGCCAGACCAAAAAAGAGAUGGCGGGAUGACCUCGACGCUUUUGCAGAGACUGGCGAGAACAUACUUCAAACCGUGAUGAGUGGCGGAAAAAAGGGGAGGCCUUUGCCCAGCAGUGGGACACAAAAUAAGCUAUUAAAAAAAAUGGGAGGUACCCUUAAAAAACCCAAGCCUAAGCCAAUUCGUUUGAGGAUAACCGCCUGACAUUAGACGUCAAAACGCCAACUACGCAAGGAAAGACCUAAGCCCUCCUACGUGUAUCCGUACAAUACGGCUGGUCAACUCUACUGCGGUGAAUGUGAAAGGGUGUUUAAGAGCAAGUUUGGCCUGGCCAGCUACAUAAGUGGUAAAACCCUUGAUUGCUGAGGUCGCCGUCAUCGAAAUCGAUGUCGAUCGAAUUUUUAUGUUACGGUUCUGUCGCCAUGCAUGAUUUAUGUAUCCAUGCCAAAUUGCAGCUUUCUAACACAGCAAAGCAGAGGACGGGCGGCCAUACGGACCUGGCGAAACUAUAAGGAUUUCUAGGUGACUACGAAACCCUAAAAAGUGGUAAUAAUUCGCGCUUGGCAGUUUAUCGCAUAAAUUGCUGAAAGAUUGUGCCUUACUAGAAUUUUAAUGUAAAAUGUAAGGUCAAACCACAUAAAUUAAUAUUUUUGUACUUUGCUCCAUAGCAAGAUUUGACUGACUUAUGUAGAUGUUUAUACUGAAACACACACAACUUGUCAGUAGAAAAAGGCGCGAAAUUUUUUUUUUCAAUGAGAAGUCAACUCUUUGUUCCUACAUUUUUUAGAAUUUGCCGCCUUUUCUCCUAACAAAGUCGCUAUUCCAGAGUAUACAACAUUUUUUAUUUUUUGCGUCAAAAAUGUAUUCCUUCUAAUUUUUUCUGAUCUGUACCCCUAGUGUAAAUUUAGUCGAUAGCGAAACGUGACGUACGCGUUUGCGUUAAGUCUCAUUUUGUAUGGGUUUUUGAACAGCGCGCCAAGCGGGACGUUUUGGAAAGUCAAAAAUCUCAUACAAAAUGACACUUAACGCAAACGCGUACGUCACGUUUCGCUGUCGAAAAUAUUUACACUAGGGGAACAGAACACGCUACCGAUUAUGCCUUUAAACUAUUUUUUUACACCUUGUACAUAUGUAGGUUGCUGACUAUUACGUAGGCAUGACACUUUAACUGGCAGUAAGAUGGAACGUUAUGAAACUACAAAAUUAUCAAGAGAACAUGAUUAGAGUCAGACCAAGAUAAGUUGGCAGCGAUUUUAACAGCCCAGACAGUGCAAGUGUUAUUUUAAACGUCAAACUUUUAUGAAAUUAUGACGUUUACUUAACACUUGCUGGGCUAUCAAUCGCUGCCAACUGCUGAUGGCCUUUUGAAAAAUCCGAAGCAACAAUAAUUAUUACUGAAUUUUUCAUUUUGUAAUAGCAUAAGUAUUGUUGGCAUUUACAUUUAUAACGAAACGAGAUUAAAAUAUCACUACAUAUAGAACCCUCCCUGUAUAUGGGGUUUUAGUGGGUUUUUACCUAUCAAAUACGUGAGGCGAUUAUUUUUUUCAUUUACGGAAACAUUUAUUGAAUUUUAUUGUUACAUAUUCUAUUUUAGCGAUUUUAAUUAUGAUUGUGCACGCUAUUGUUAUUCUUUUUCAAUAAAACUAGUGCCUAAGUUAA